GCGCGGCUGACCGUUGGGGAGGGCAGAGAUUUCGAGACUAUCUCGAGAAACCUUAGCCACCUGCCCCGCCCACUGAGUCCGACACCCCAAAGCCUGGGAUUAGGGGCCUGGAGGCUGGCCACACCCCGGCCAGGUGUUCUCAUUGGGACCAGGUUGCGUGGCGCCCUCCGGGACGCAGGGGGCGCUGUAGCGACGCGGGGCCAGGCUCCACUACCUUCCCACCAACCCUGCGACCCAAUCACUACGCGCCCGGCAACUAUGGCGGGUGCUCUUGCGUUUCGCUGUCUGUAUCGAGCGCGACCGGCGCCGCAUAACCCGCACGUGGACCGGCUAUGCAGGGCCCCUCGGCGAGGGCACCGGCUGUCCCCGGUGGAUGACGAGCUGUACCAGCGAACACACAUCUCUCUGCUGCAACGCGAGGGUCAUCAGACCAUGUACAUCGACAGCUACAACAGCCGCGGCUUCACGGUCAACGGAAACCGCGUACUUGGGCCGUGCGCGCUGCUCCCGCACUCGGUGGUGCAGUGGAACGUGGGAUCCCACCAGGAUAUCACUGAAGAGAGCCUCUCUCUUUUCUGGAUGCUGGAGCCCAGGAUAGAGAUUGUUGUGGUGGGGACUGGAAACAAGACUGAGCGGCUGUGCUCUCAGAUACUACGGGCCAUGAGGCAACGGGGCAUCGCUGUGGAAGUGCAGGACACGCCUAAUGCCUGUGCCACUUUCAACUUCCUGUGUCAUGAAGGUCGAGUAACUGGAGCUGUCCUUAUUCCCCCUCCUGGAGAGACUUCACUCACCUUUCUAGGCCAAGCUGCAAAAUGAAGCAGCAGGAGCUGUGAAAGAGGGCAUUGGCACUUUGCACAGUGCAGGCAUUCCCAGUGCUUUCCCUACUCUUGGCACUUUUAACACUUGACAUGGUUACCUAGAUAAUAAUUUAUACAUCUCGAA